ACAGUCAGUUUGCCCCGUUCGCGAAACUAGUUCUUUCCUCAGUCAUUCGUGAUUCGCGACUGCGGUUCGAGGGUCAGUUACUGGUGGUUCAGCGACAGGGUCGGGAAUUUUUCUCCGUUUCAUAAGUCGGCUUCGCUUUCAAUUUUAAUUCCGGUUGGGCAAAUCGAAAAUCAUCUUCCUGGAUUGAACGGUCAACUUUGUCGCUGAUACCCCAGCAUACAUAGAAUCCAUAUACUAUCUAAAAACAACUGCCUAGACAAUGAGUGAUGAAUGGGAUGAUACCGGCACUCCAUCAGCACAGUAUGGUGACAUCGAUGAGGGAAGGAGUUACGGCAAGGGUCGUGGUUUCACUCCCCGAAAUAAUAAUAACAACGACUAUGGCGACGAAGGUUCGGAUAGGUAUGGAGGCAGAGGAGGAGGUAGAGGUCGUGGAGGUGGACGAGGUGGUGGAGGAUUCAGAGGCGGACGUGAUGGAGGAGGAGACAGAUUUGGAGAUGAUGAUGACCAGUAUGGAGAUGAUGACGGAGGAUUUCGCAGGGGAAGAGGUGGACGUGGGGGUCGUGGCGGUGGCAGAGGAGGCCGAAGAGGAGAUGGCGAUGAUGAAAAUGGUGGUCGCUUUGAUGACGAUGGAGAUAAACCACAGCCUAUAAACAAAGAAAUAUAUAUUCCUCCUGAACCCUCAAAUGAAGACGCAGAUAUAUUUGGUACUGGAGUCGAGAUGGGCAUUAACUUCGACAAAUAUGACAAAAUCCCUGUGAAUGUGCAGGGAGAAAAUGCUCCUCAACCUAUUGAGACGUUUGAACAAGCUGGGCUAAGACCUUUUCUGCUAGAAAACAUAAAGAAGUCUGGGUACUUGAAGCCCACCCCAAUUCAAAAAUAUGCUAUACCCAUCAUUCUUGCUGGACGAGACUUGAUGGCUAGUGCUCAAACGGGAUCUGGUAAGACGGCUGCAUUUCUGGUACCUAUAGUGAAUACCCUAUUGAACGAUCCAAGAGAUAUGAUCAAAAACUCGUCAUGCGUCGAACCUCAAGUUGUCAUUGUAGCCCCAACGCGAGAACUGGCCAGCCAAAUAUUCGAUCAAGCUAGGAAGUUUGCUAAAGACUCGAUAUUGCAAUGUGUUAACAUAUAUGGAGGAACAGCAUGUUACUAUCAAAGGCAACAGGUACUUAGAGGAUGCCACAUUCUAGUUGCCACAACUGGAAGAUUGGUUGACUUUGUCAAUCGAGGAACAAUCAGAUUCUCUUCUCUACGGUUUUUGGUGCUUGACGAAGCAGACAGGAUGUUGGACAUGGGCUUUUUACCAGAUAUUGAAAAAAUACUCGACGAUGAAAGCAUGGUAUCUGCUGAGGAUAGGCAGACGUUGUUAUUUUCUGCUACUUUGCCAGAUGAAAUUCAACGUUUGGCCAGAAGAUUUCUUAAAGAUUACCUAUUCCUGAGCAUUGGAAUAGUCGGAGGAGCGUGUGAGGACGUUGAGCAGACUUUUCACGAAGUUGGAAAGUUUGAGAAAAGGAAAAAGUUGAAGGAGGUCCUUGAAGCAGAAAAGGAUAAGGGGAAAAUUGAACGAACUCUAGUGUUUGUUGAAAUGAAGAGAACUGCUGAUUUUAUGGCUGCAUUCCUAUCCGAAGAAAAUUAUCCGACAACAAGCAUCCAUGGUGACAGAGAACAGCGUGAGAGGGAAACAGCCCUCAGAGAUUUCAAAAGUGGAAAGAUGUCUAUCCUAGUGGCAACAGCUGUCGCAGCCAGAGGUCUUGACAUCAAAGGUGUUGCACAUGUCAUAAACUUUGAUAUGCCAAAGUCUAUCGAAGAAUAUGUCCACCGAAUUGGUAGAACUGGAAGAGUAGGCAACAGGGGACGAGCGACCAGCUUUUUUGAUUCGGAAAUAGAUGCGCCCCUGGUCAGUGAUCUAAAGCGAAUUCUUAAACAAGCCAAUCAACCUAUACCAGCAUGGCUUGGAUCGGACACUGGUGGCUAUGCUCCAUACAAAUCCAGCAAAUUUGGCGGCAGAGAUGUUCGUGCGUUUGAUGAUGGAGAUGGUAGCAACAUUUAUCCUGAGAGUGCCUAUAGUUCCGCACCCGUUGAAGAAGCUGAAGAGUGGUAGGUCAGAAGACUGGUCGUCGAGGAUAAUCAUAAAGUUAUUCGGAACGUGAUAUUAAGAUAACUAAGUUUACUUCUUAAUCGAAAUAACAUUUGACAUUAAGAGCUUCACUCUAUGACGUUUACGCGUCGACUUAGUCGUUAAGAAAAUAAAAAGACUUGUAGUGUGUAAGCUAUAGUCAUAGCGAUACUAUGACAUAGGCGUUAGUCGCCUAGUUUACCAUUUAACGUACAAAUUCAGUAUUACGAGAUGUGAGUGAUAUUGUAUCAAAACUAUCUAUCAUAAGAUAGACUUUCCUUUGUUAACUUUUUAUGUUCAUCUUUAUAAUAAAUUUUUUUUUUAUUUGUAAUUAACAA